AUGAUUAAACGUGGAACUAUGGAGGCUGGGCAAAAAUGUUUUAGUACAACACCUCUGCAUAACCACAUCAAAAUAAAUCAUCCAAAAGAAUAUCAUAUAGAACGAAAUAAAAAUGAACAGAAAAGAAAAGCUCAGGCUGUCAAUAAAAUCACACCAGAAUUUUUUUCAACUAGUACUACAGUAAAAAAAGAGACUGUUUCGGAAACUUCUAAACAAACUUCAAUAGAUGAAUAUUUAAAGUCACAAAAGGUAUGGAGCAUUAAUGACUCUAGGUCGCAAACUAUUCAUCGUAAAAUUGGGUUGAUGAUGGCCUUAGACAAACAGCCAUUUACUUUAGUUGAAGAUACAGCUUUUCUUCAGAUAUGGACAUGCCCAAUUUCUCAUGAAUCAUUUAUUUCAUUGUCUAGCCACUCCAUCGAUAAAGAUUUUAACAGAUUUGAUGUGGUAUUACAUGCUUCUCAUUUUCCUGAAAGCCAUACUGGAAUAAACAUAUCCAAAAAGUUAGAAAGUAUGUGGGAUAGCUGGAAAAUUCAAGCUGAAAGACGACAUAUUCUUGUAAGAGAUGUUGUUUCAGAUUCAAUAAGUGAAAAUAUUGUAAUUGAUAUUCUUUCAAAAUGUCGUCGACUUGUAACUCAUUUUAACCAUUCAUCUCUAGCACGUAACAACUUUAAACAAAUUCAGCUGCAACAAAAUCUCGACCCUCUUUGUCUUGUUCAAGAUGUCCCAACAAGAUGGAACAGCACUUAUCUUAUGCUUGAUAGAUUAAACAAGUUAAAAAUUCCAGUUCAACUAUACUUAGCAGAACGUUCUGAUUUAAUGCCCUUUUCUACAUUAGAAUGGACAUUAAUAUUAAACAUUAUUAAACUGUUAAAGCCUUUUUUCCAAUUAACUCAGGAAAUGAGUUCAGAAAUAACAACUUUGUCUUCUGUAAUUCCAAAUAUGUGCUCAUUGAAGAAAUUUAUUUCAAAAUGUCAAGUUGAUUUAAGUAUUCAAGAAACAAAGAAUUGGCUUACAACUUCUUUAAAAAAUCGAUUUUUUUCUGAAAUAAAUGAUGCGAAGUCUUUAAACAUUUUGAAAAAUAGGUACUAUGUCAUAGCUACUUCAAUUGAUCCAAGAUAUAAGUUUUCUUUCUUUGAGGAUGAUAUCAAAAAACAGGCUAAGUACUGA